CUUUUACUGCACAUGUGCGAUACGUAUUCAGUUCAUAACCUUUGGUAGAUACAUAGUUAAAAUAGAAAUCGAUCGUUUUGUUUCUAUUCUUGUGAAUUAGGUCGGACUUUUUCAUUAUAGCACGUGCUCAGAGCGUUUUUUGAGAUCUAUGAAGUCAGUCAUGUAAGCGUAUAGAUAAGAAAUGUACGUUUCUUUUCUAUGUAUCCGCACAAUAUUUACAGCUCAUUUAUUAUCUUUAGAGCUCGUUCAAUAAACAAGUAUCAAGAUUGUUUAUUACGAUUUAGAAAAUGAAGACGCAAAUAUUAAUUACCGUGGUUGGGUUGUUAUUAGCAACGGCAUCAUCGAUGCAUAUACACAAUGCUGUGGAAACUGAGAUGUUUGCUAUACCAAUCAGUCCUAAUUUGUUUAACUGGACAUAUCAAGAAUUCGACCAGCAAUAUCGUUUUCACGCGUCACUAAAAGGCAAGCCCGAGUUGCCGUCGUGGCUUCGGUAUAUAUACAGCGGAAGACACCAUUCAGGUUUCAUAUUUGGUACGCCACCGAGAGGAACUAAGAAACCAAUUAUGCUAGAGGUAAUAGGUCUGAACCGCCAAGACUAUGAGACACGCCGUGUUCUUAUAACUCUAAAGGUACAGCCAAAGGAGAAAAUGGCGCGGCAUGAAGUUGAACUUAAAAUAGAUAAUCUCAAUGUUGAAGACCUGCUUGAUGAGCACAGAAUGUCACGUCUAAAGGAUAUAUUACGGACGAAAUUGUGGACGGAGAGCAAUCAAGAUUUGUACACUACGUUUCUGGCAUCCGCGAUCGAUUUAGGUGCUAGGUUACCGCUGAAACCAGAAGACGGUGAAGGACUCGUUGUCCGCCUCGGAAGCUCUGUACCAUUCUCUUCGGAACUAAAAAGGUUGCGAGAAGAGGUGAGGCCUUUGUCACGUCUGCCCAGUUGCCCAAGAGAAUAUAAAAGAACUACUGUGGAGAGAUUGUUUAGAGAUGCCGGGUUGACAUUGGAUUGGUGUAGUUUUGAGUUGUACAACACAGUUUACAAGGAUCACGCUACUGAACAUCUUGAGUACCUAACUGAAAUACCAAAUACCAGUAAAUCUGCGAAGUCGUUUAAAGCCCUGGACACACGAGAUGAAUGGACAGCGCCCAGCAAGCAUGCGCUACCUUCACGUAGCUACACGAAACAGUUGACGGCUGCAGUGGCUAUACCACUUUUGCUGUUGUUAUUGUCAGUGGCCGCUUUGACCUCUGUAUUGUGUUUCCAUUACGCUGCUGUAAGGGAUCCAGAGUCAGAGUAUUUCUUAGAGAAUAUAUUUCAUAUAUGUAUAGAAUAUAGAAGGAGACGAAGGGCACACAAGUCCAGCAAAGUGGAACUGUGUCGGUACGGGACAGGCAACUCUGAGCAGACUCAAGUCGCCGCCGACAACACCAGUGCCAAAAGUCACGGAGUUAGCCCCAACAAUAGUCUUGCUCGACCGUACAGCCCCAAAUCAACGACCAACAUUGCUGGCAGCUACAACCGUCCCCAACCGCCACCGUAUAUGGGCUCCACCACGAAUUCACUUCACCACAGAAAAUCUGGUAACAUUGACAAAACUCCAUCAACGAGCGGUCACACGCCUGAGCACCGCGGUCAUCUUCUAGAAGAAUCCUUGAAAUUACUAAACGAAGCGAAUAUCAACUCUGAAUUCGAUAAACUACCGAUUUUAAAAGAUCCCAUACUCGAUUUGGCUGAUGGGACCGAAGAUUAUGUACCUAUAAAACCAGACCACACCGGUUAUGUCCCGAUAAAACCAGAUACAGCCGGUUAUGUCUCGAUGAAGGCGGAUUUGGAUGAUAUAGACGUGCCAGACUUGACUAAAUUUGGAAUCGUUGGCCCUAUUUGACAUGAGGUGUCGACGGACGGAAAACCGCCCGUCAAAACGUGGUUCUGUUAAAGCUAUUUGCUUAUAGUUACCUAAUUGUAACUUUUCGUAUAUCAUAUCAAUACAUACCUAGGUAUAUCUGUUGUACUUAGUCAAUACUUAGCCAACAAUUAAUGUGGAUAGAAUUACUAAGCAACUAAACCAGAAAAAAAACUACCGAAAUUUUUGAGAUAAAUUAUGAAGGAGUGAUAGUCUGCAGCAAUAAAGAACUACGUGGCAAGAAGAAUAACUAUCGACAGAAAAAAAGGAAUAAAAAAUCAAUAAAUAUGAGAUAUAUCAUUUCAACAAUCAUAUAUCUCAAAUACGUAGUAAAUAAAAUAUAUAAGUAGGUAAUUGUUAAAUAUUUAUUGUCAAUUAUCAUUACACGAUUUAUUAAAUAUAUUAAGAAUUUGAAAUGUAGACAAGGGCCAGCGUUCGUCUGUGGUACAGAUAACAGCAUAAAUAUAAUAGCCAGGGCCGGCUUUAAUUCUAAUUGGCACCUUCGGGCAAAUUUUUCUAGACAGUACACAUGAUGGAAAAUAGUAACUAUCUGUAGAAGACAUUAGAAGAUUCACUUGGAGUCUUCAAACAUUGCUAUUUCUGAGGCCUGAUUUUCAAAAUUAAAGACCAUGCAAGAAUAACUGCUUAGUAACAUGCUCGUAAACGAAGUUACAAUCAACAGCAGUCAUUUACUGUAUCGUCAGCGAGUGUUUGCCCUUAUCAUACUUACAUAUAAUAAAAUAUUAUGUAUAAAUGAAAAUGAACCUAGUCAACUAUCUAGUCAAUACUGAUCGUGAAUUAUACAAUUUUAACUAUUAUUUGUGACCAUUGAUAUUCAAUUAAGUAAUUUAAUAAAGUAGAUGUUUUAUAUUAA